AUGCUUUGGAGCUCCAGAAUUAAAGGGGUAAAGCAUUUUUCUUUUCAAAAAUGGAACAAGUUAUCCCAAAUUCAUUGUUCACGCACCAUGACACCUGACUACAUGUAACGAGAGUUACUUCCCCACGCGCGCGCUCUCUCUCUCUCUCAUAUUCAACUUGUCCAAAUUCUCUCUCUAAAACCCUUGCGAUUCAAACCAUGAACAACACAUCAGGAAUGUUCAAGAUUGUUCCGUGCACAUUCGCCGGCGACACCUCCGCCGCCAUCGCCGACGAGUGUAUCACGGACAUGGGCGAUUCAGUUCGAGCGAUCGAACAGCUUCUCAACUACCGAUUCAACGACAAGAAGCUCUUGGAGGAAGCUCUGACUCACCCUUCCUGCACCGAUUCGCCGUCGUACCAGAGGCUUGAGUUCGUCGGCGACGCCGCCUUAGGUAUCGCGAUCUCUAAUUUCAUCUUUCUCGCUUACCCUGACCUCCUCCCCGGUCAACUCACUCUCCUUCGCUCCGCCAAUGUCAGCACCGAGAAGCUCGCACGCGCCGCCGUACGACAUGGCUUGUACAAGUACGUCCGGCGUAACGCUGCCGCUCUUGAUGAGAAGGUGAGGGAUUUCACGUUGGCUGUUCAGCAUGAGGCAGAUUCGGUGGUGUAUGGAGGGACGGUGAUAGCGCCGAAGGUUCUUGCUGACAUUGUUGAGUCUGUUGCUGCAGCAGUUUAUGUUGAUCGUCAAUUUGAUCUGCAAGCUUUUUGGGUGAUCUUUAGAGGUAUAUUGGAGCCUAUUGUUACGCUUGAUGUUCUCCAGCAACGACCACAGCCCGUGACCAUGCUUUUUGACUUUUGUCAAAAAGAGGGUAAGCAAGUGGAUAUCAAGCACUGGAGAAGAGGGGAGAAGAACAUCGCCAUCGUUUACGUGGACGAGGAAUUUAUUGCCUCAUCAUCCUCUGAGCAAAAUGAAAAUGUCAGGCUUCAUGCAGCAAAAGCAGCUUUGGAGAAGUUGUGUCACUCUAACAGCGAGGACAAAAUGAAUGUUGACGUCUACAGCAGUAUGAAUUUAACCAAUGAGAUUGAAGGAGCAAAACAAAAGUUGCAUGAUAUUUGUGGCAAGAAGAGAUGGCCAAAACCCACUUACCGGACAGUGAAAGAAGAGGGCCCUUCUCAUGAGAGGAAAUUUUUAUGUUCAGUUCAGGUUGAAACUGUCGAGUGCGUGCUAUUUGCGGAAGGAGAUGAGAGGUCCAAAGUUAAAGAUGCUGAGAACUCUGCUGCUUCGUCUUUGAUUCACGGGUUACAAGAAUCCAAAUUUAUAUAAAUUCGAUCUUUUAAUUUUGGAUGCACUCCAUAGUAGUCUCUGUUAUGAGAAUAUCACUAUGCAGAUAAUGUAUAGUCGUUCCUAAGUUGGUCAUUUAGUUUAGACAUGGCCAAAUAUCGGACUAGACCAACAAGUUUAUACCGUUUAAUUUGUGAUUGUCUAAUGUGUUUCCAUGCAAGUUAAAGCACAAUGUAUAUGUAUCUUCACAGGAUCACCACCCACAAGGCUGGUGCUGUAAAAUUAGUCUGAAAAAUUUUAUACCGAUUAUAUAGGAUGUCCUAAAGCACAUUUAAGUUACCUUACUGGUACAUAAGAGCGAAUUGCUGUUCUCAUUCUAA